AGAAAACGAUCGGUUAGUAACCCGGCCUAAGUGGACGUCAAAUACGGGCGCGCCUCGCCAGCUAGACAGCGCGAAGCACACCUAAACAGACGAGGAACGAGAGGCAAUCUCGGCAUGGAGAAACGCACGCGCUUUCUGCUCUCCACCUGCUCCGUACUGCUGGUGCUGAUGCUGCAGAAGACGCGAGCGAACGGCUGCGAUUCGCUAACGAAAUACAGUCUGACGUUCCACGGAGAAUGGACGCGGGAUCGCUUUCCCAAGAUGUAUCCCAUGUAUCGUCCACCCGCGCAGUGGUCGAAGCUUCUAGGUCGCUCCCACUCACGGCGUUAUCGCAUGUGGGAGAUGGACAAGCCAGCCCAGAAGGCAGCUCAGCAGUUCGCGGAGACCGGCAUCAGCAACAUGUUUGAUGACGAAUCUAGAAAUGCCUCGGGCCUGUUUGACGUCUUCCUCGGGGCGUCAAUAAGCGAGGGCGCUGGCAGUUCGACGAGCCAGCUGUUCGUGGAUGGGAAGCACAGUCAGAUAUCGUUCAUGGUACGUAUUGUCCCGAGUCCCGACUGGUUUGUCGGCGUGCACAAUCUAGAUCUGUGCGAGGGCGAGACGUGGGUCGACUCUCUCACGAUCGACCUCGGUCCGCUGGACACGGGCACCGACGACGGCUACACGUUCACGUCUCCCAACUGGCCGUCGGAACCGCACGCGAACAUUCACCGACUGACGGCGCGCGACCCCAGCCACCCUGCCAACUCAUUCUUCUACCCACGCUACGAGACGCUGCCUAGAAUCGCGUACGUGAGCGUGGAGAAGGUAGCGGAGUACGUGCGCGCAGCCGGAUGGAGAGCUACCGGACAGAAUCCGCUGAAUGAGCGUGCCGCGGCGAGCGGACGCGGCCGCGCAAACUCCGUCGGCGAUGAGUUCUACUCGAAGACAGCGCGAGACGUCUCCAAGCAGUCGAAUUUAUUCCCACCGCGAGAGGCGUCUCGUUCGCGCAUGGAAGCCGGCGGGGGCGGUGGCGCUGGAGGUACCCUGGCGGCGACGGAGCUUGGUAUCACAGCGGCAAAGCCGACGGCGGUGUCCGGGGCGUGGGGCGCUGACGUCGACGGCAAGACAAAGAAGCGCACGACGCAUGCGGGGAAGAGAUAUCGCACGAGGCGCCACCACCGGAAGGGAAGCAAAAAGACACGCAGUUGCAAGGUGACCGCAUGGGGAGAAUGGACUCCGUGCAGUAAGACGUGCGGCUUCGGUGUUCGUGCAAGGAAAAGACAGGUGAUGAGAGAGGCGAGGAACGGCGGCCAGCCCUGUCCGAAUCUCACCAAGGAGGAUGUGUGCGGAACGAUGAAAGAUUGCGGCUGGCAUUACUUCUCCUGGUCAUAAAACCCGUCGCGUAUAAUUUCUUUAAUGUAUUGUAAUUACAAAAAAAAAUGGAUGUACUGA